AUCAUCACUUGGUACUUAAUUUCUAGUAAUUAAGUAGUGCCUUGAAAUGGACAGACAACCUCAACCUCGUCUCACCCGCCGGUUCACUUCCGCCGUAUACCGCCCGCCAGCUGCGCCGGCUAGGCCAGAACCUCCGGCCGCCCCACGACCACCGCUAUUUCGGCCUCAGGUGGCUGCCGCAUUAAUCACCACUCCUACACCUCCAGCUCCUCCUCCUACGGUGGGCAAUAUUACCCCAGCCCCCAAUACUACGGCGGAGACGGACACUAAUUUCUCGCCCCCGGAACCUACGGCCACUGGAGCCGCCUCCUCUGUCGCCGUCGACCCGCCACCACUAUCAAAUCCGGGUGAUGUUCCUAACCCCUCCGCCCCUCCACCUCCAUUGCCGGAGAUUGAUGAACCUCCGGCCAAAACCGUUACUUUUUCAUCAAGAUCGCCGCCACCGUCACCGAGAAAAGAGGCCGCCGUGGAUUCUGACAAAAUAAAUCCCGGUCUCGAUCCUCCUCUGAAGCAAGCCCUUGCCCCAUCGUCUGAUCCGGAAACGGAGUCGGGUGGGAGAGGAAGGUUCCCGGCGGAGGAAAAUGAUUUGGGGGUGGUUAAAGAAGAAAUAACUGAAAGCGGAGGGAGCAAGGGAAUAAUUUCCGAGGGCAAAGCCCAAGGGCAUGAGGGUAUGAGCGGGGACAGCAGUGAAUCGUCAGGAAAGCGGGAAGCAAGAAAGAUGAGGACGACGACCAAAGUCAAAGACAACCAUCAUCAUCAUCACCGUUCCUCAGAUGCUGAUAAUAAUUCAUCCGGAACUAGCAGUAUUAUAACACUUGCAGGAGAGAACAAAGGUGCCAUAAUGGAGCUUAGCCCAAUGCGCCCGAAACACGGCUUCAUCGGAAUCCCGCUGAGGCUUCAGCAAGAAAGGGCCGACGGCGAUGAGAAGGGAGGAAAGUUGUUGAAGACUGGAGAGAAGAGCAACAAUAACGAUGAUAACCGAAAGCAGUCCCCGGCUGGAAGGACGGCAUUCGUGAACAACAAUGUGCAGGGAAUCAACAAUUCAUUUCUACACGGCACAUCAAUCCAUCAUCGUGACCCCGGUGUUCAUCUCUCCAUUUCAAGCAAGCAUGGCGGCAACCGCUACGUCAAGAAUCCUUAAUUCUACCUCACCACCCCAUAAACUACACCGGAUGACAAUAAAUAGCAUUCAUUCAUUCAUGAGAAUAAAUAUAAUGUGCAAAUGAUUUCAUAUAUAGAGGAUAUUACUGAAUUUUAUACUACCCGUGGGAUAAUAUUUUUACUGAAUUAUUAACUAGUAUUUUACCCGUGGCAUAAUAUUUUUUAUCUUACGUGGUAUUAUUU